AUGCGCGAAUGACGUCACGACAAAAUGUCUACCGUCCGGGCACUCACACUUUUGCCCAACACCAGAAGACUGGGAUCUACCGUAGCCACUCCUACACUGCUGCAAUCCAACUCUAGUAUCAUAAGGACAUCAAUGAACAUCAGAUAUCAUUCAAAAGAGGCAGCGUCUGGAGCAGGAAGGGAUGAAGAACAUGUGAACCAUGCAGCGAAGGAGCUGGGAGUGACCAGAUACCACUGUAACCGCAACCCACGGAGUCUAGAGCUUCUGGGCAUGGCUGAUAAACCAAAGGGGUUUCAAACAGCUCGCAGACGAGUGGACUACUACCAUAGGCUUGUGUUUAUUCCGACCUCACGCCAUUCGUCGGCCUACGUCAACCAUAACGCUGGGACCAAGGUGGUGGAAGCCUCCACGGCCGAGCUGUGCAUUGCCCGCCACCUCUACAAGACGUCCGACGUGGCCGCGGCCUACAACGUGGGGAGAGUGGUGGCCUUGAGGUGCAGGGAGAUGGGGUUGAACAGAAUCAUGUGGGAGCACAAGCCCGAUCGGAACCACAAGAGGGUCAAGGCCUUCCUGAGUGGUGUGAGGGAACAGGGCCUUAUUCUGAAUGAACCUAAAGUCAGACACUCCCUCCCUCCUCCGGGCACCCUCCCCAAGUAACACACUCUAUUAUUUAUAACACUCCAUUAAAAAUCUGUCCAUAGUAUAAUACAAAGCAGCAUAAAAUCAUAACUUCACACAUGAUAUUUUGUUAGCGUGAUGCUCACGAGUGUGUUUUCUGUGGAGAGUCAUUGCAGAAGGGGUGAAAAUUAGGGUAAGAAUCGAGGCAAAUGGACUGGGUCAGUAUGCUACGAACACUGUUCAUUCGUCUCGUCCCUCGCCGAGUGUCAGUCACACCGUUUAUUUCGGACUUUCUCUGUCUUGAUCUCGUACCAGUCGCCGUCUUUUUCAAGGCGCUGUAAUAGAGGCAGUGGACACAAAAUCAAGUAUUCUGGGAAGUGCUUGCGAUAACAUCAACCCGGUAAAGGAUAAACAAAAACUGCUAUGAUAAUCUCCUGUAAAUGUUUUCGUCCCUGAAGUCACCUACAGCUACAAACUCAACAGGAGUUGUUUGUACACAAUACGAGGAUGGUUUACUAAGGCAUGUAUGUACAGUACGCAGGGUACCCGUCCAUAGCCAGCACAA